UCAAAGGACUGUAUGCUUUUCCCAAUUUUUACCACCCCGAGGAUCUUUCCCGUGGCUGCGCCCAGUCUCUGGAACUCCCUUCCACAGGAGACCAGACGGCCCCAUGUCUGACUCUCCGGACAGCCGCGAGCCCGGUCCAAAGAGGUCUCCCGGGCUCCUCGGCUCUGGGAGACCGAGCCAGGCGUCUCCGUCCUCCGGUGCCCGCCCUUCCCUCUCCCGGGGCCAGUUUCGGUUUCGCUUCCUUCCGCCCCGCCAGCUGACCUACGUGCGCGAGCGGCGGCGCAGGUGACCAUCGACGGGCGGGAGGGGACGGCUCUCCGGGGCAGGCCGGGGACGGAGGAAGCGCCGCCGAGGGAGGCGGCGGCCCGGCGGCCAGAGCCCUGGCGCCGGUUCCCACCAAGAACCGCCCGCCGCCCUUCAGCCCCACCGAUGGCUGCCAAAGCCCCUUCCCUCGCGGAGGCGCUGACCAGCGGCUUCCUGACCUGCUCCGUCUGCCUGGAGCGCCUCCGGCAGCCCAAGAUCCUGCCCUGCCUGCACACCUAUUGCCACCCUUGCUUGAAGAAGCUGGCGGCAGGGCGGAAGAAGGACCUGCAGUGCCCCGAGUGCCGCCAGUCGGUGCCUCUCCCGCCGGGCGGCGUGGACGGCCUGAAGACCAACUUCUUCAUCAACGGGCUCCUGGACCUUGUCUGCCCUGCGGGGAAGGCACAGCCCACAUGCAGCCCCUGCCGGCUCAUCGGCCAAAGCGCUAACCGGGUGGCCGUUUCUCGAUGCUUGGACUGUGCCGACGAUCUGUGCCAGGCCUGCACCGGGGGCCACCAUUGCUCCCGGCUCACACACGCUCACUGUGUGGUAGACAUGGAGAGCUACCUCUCCGGAGAGUACAACGAGGAGAUCCGGAAGCGGCAGGCCUCGCGGUGCAAGGAGCACGCCGGGGAGGAGCUGCGGUUCUUCUGCACCCCCUGUGCCGCCCCGCUGUGCCGAGAGUGCCGGCUGGGCCCCCACCUCCAGCACCCCUGCCUCUCCCUGGCCGAAGCGGCGGAGGCUCGCCGCCCCAUCAUCGCCGGCCUCCUGGUGGGCGUCGAGGAGACCGUGCAGCGCAUCCAACGGGGACGGGCUAGCCUGGAGGAGGAGCUGAGGGUGCUUGAGGCCCAUGGCGUUGCCGUCCGGGAAGCGGUGGAGCGCACCUGCUCCAGGGUGGUGGCGCAGCUGCUGGCCCAGCAGGAGGAAGUGCUGGCCCAGCUCUCGGAGGGCCUGGAAGAACGGAAGAAAGCUGCUGAGGUCCUGCGCUCGGAGCUGGAGUUCCAGGAGCAAGUGGCCUCCAGCACGGUGGCCUUUGCCCAGAAGGUGCUCAGCCUGGGCCGGGAGCCAGAGAUCGUUUCGCUGGAGCAGCUGAUCUCGGAGAGGCUGCGACAGCUGCAGGACUUUUCCUGGGAGCCCCUGGCCAUCCGGCUGCCCCAGCUGGAGAUCUGCUCAGAUUUGCAGAGCAGCCGGUCCCUCCUUCACCUUACCUUCAGGGAGGGCAAGCAGGCCCUGAGGAGACCAGAGGAGGAGAAAGAUCAGAAGGAGAAGGCGAGGGAGGGGAAGGAGAGAGAGGAGAGAGCCACAAACGGAGGAGCCCGGAAGCAGCAGCAGCCGGUGCCACUCCUGGGGCCUGAACCGCAGGCCCUCCCCAGUCCCUUUGUCACUUCCAGGGAAACCCUCGGCCCGGAGGGGCCACCAGGUGGGGGGCCAGGCAGCCGCGUGGAAGCCCCUCUUCCCCCUCCCAAGGGGACAGAAGCUCCCCCGCUGCUCCCCAAGCCCACCUUCUUGUGCAGCUUCUGGGCGAAGACUUCCACUGACAAGAAGCGCCCGCGGGUGACGGGCCUUUGUCCCUACGGCUGUGGGGAGAUCCUGGUGGCCGAUGAGCAGAACCGGAAGUUGAAGCGCUUUUCCUUGCAGGGGGACUUCAAGGGCACGGUCCCAGUGCCCAGCGAGGUGGCUCCCUUCAGUGUGGCUGCUGUGGGCAGCAAAGUGGCCUUCACCGCUGGCUCUCAGCUGUACCUCUUAAAUGGAGAGGGGGCCCUCGUCUGGCAAAAGGCCCUUAAGCGGGGGCAAGCCAGCCACGCCCUGACAGCCGUUGGGGGAGACCGCCUGGCGGUGAGCGUUGCCAGGCACCUCGAGGUGUACAACCUGGAAGGGCGCCUGGUGGAGAGGAUUGUGCCAGAGGGCACACAGGAGAGGUGCCUGGUCUUCCUGGCCAGCCGGAAACAAGGCUUCGUAGGCUCUGACUGGUACCGGCAGAGCGUGGUGCUCUUCGGUGGGGAAGGGGACCUCGUGGCUGAGUGCCGGAAGGAGCAGCUGAGCGAGUGCCAGCCAGGGGCCGUCUGUGUCGACGCCGUGGGAACAGUCUAUGUGGUGUUGCGGGAGCAGAACAAGGUGGUGGCUUUUUCUGAGAAAGGCGAGGUGCUGGGGCCCUUCCUCACGGCUGACAACAGCCUUGACCGGCCGCGGGUGGCCACAGUGGCUGGGGAUGGGCGCUUCGUGGUGGCCCUGAGCAAUGGGACGGUCCACGUCUUUAAGAUCAGGUAUCAGCGCAAGUCAAGAUGAGCGGGAUGGCGGAGGUGGGAGGGCGACAGGGAAGGGCCAUGGAUGGGGACGGGGGGGGGGAAUGCUGCAAACGGGGAAGCUUUGCGAAAGAGGAGUUGCUGCACCUGUCCAGCUCCCUCCACCCACACCGCCAUCCCUGGCCUUGGCCCAAGGAAGGGGGUGGGAGCCUCUUGUGUUGACAGCCAUCUGCUGAAGACAAGCUGCCGUGAGGGAGGAACCUUGGCAUCUCAAGGGAGCGCUUCUGGGGGCUCCCUCUCCCCUGGAUGUUUGGGGGGAGAGCCUCCCUCCUGCUUGUCCUGCAAGUCAAAUCCCAAUGUAGGAGUUCAGUGCUCAGGGACUGCCGGGGUGGGGG